AUGGAUUCUGGUGACCAAGAAGAUUACAACAAACUCCCUGUUGCUGACAGAUUACAGCACAAGCUAUGGAAAGCACGUGUAUCCGCCUAUGAAGAGUUGACAUCCUUGUUCCGCAAAACAGACAACGAUUCUGAUUUCUACACCUAUGAGCCGUACCUGAAAAAGAUUGCUACCGAUGCCAAUGCAGUUGCACAAGAAGCAGGCCUUAAUGUCAUAUAUGAAUUUGUAAAUAAUGCACCCAAUGCUGCUAGCUCUCGUGAGACUGUAGUUCCCGCCUUGGUAGAAAAAUGUCUUGGAGCAAUGAAAGCAGGCACCAAACAAAAAGCUACCGAAGUUAUCUUGCUGUAUGCUGAAAUCGAUGUUGCUGAUCCAGUCGUGGAACUCGUUUUACCCGGUCUAAGUGCCAAACAACCCAAACUUGUCACUCAAACGGUGGUGGUGCUUCGAGAAUUUGUAAAGCAAUUUGGUGUCCCGCGAGUGGUGAAUCCAAAGCCCAUCCUCAAAACGAUCCCAAAGUUGUUUGCUCAUACGGAUAAGAAUGUGCGAGCGGAGGCUUUUUCAAUGACGGUUGAAUUAUAUCGAUGGCUUGGUGCCGCUAUCAACAAUUCACUAUCAGAUCUGAAACCAGUACAAGUCAAAGACCUGGAAGCAGCAUUUGCAAAGUUACCACAAGAAAAGGCAAAGCCGGAACGCUUACUCCGAUCCGAACAAGCUGCUGCGGCCGAAGCUGCAGCUGCAGAAGCCGAGAUGGGUGAAGCUGAAGAUGGUGAUGGUGGUGAUGAUCAAGGCGAACCUAUGGAUGAAGACCCAGUGGAUCCUUAUGAUUUUGCCGACCCUGUCAAUAUCACUGCUAAACUUCCAGGCAACUUUUUCGAAUUAAUCGCAUCCAAAAAAUGGCAAGAACGACGAGAAGCACUUGAUGCAUUGAUGGCAGCUGCAAAGACACCUCGCAUUGCUGAUAACGACUAUACUGAAUUGAUGGCAGCACUCGCUAAACGCAUCAAUGAUACCAACAUUUUACUUGUGGGAACGGCAGCAAAUUGUGUUGAGGCGAUUGCAACGGGUUUACGACAAGACUUUGCAAAAUACAAGGGAGUGGUGGCCCUUCCUAUGACUGAGAAAUUGAAGGAACGCAAGCCGGCUAUUUUGGAACAUUUGAUGAAUGGUCUCAAUGCGGUUUUUGGCACCGUAUCAUUAAGUGAUAUUCUUGAGGAUGUAUCUACGGGUGUGAAACACAAGAAUCCUCAGGUCAGAGCCAAUUCAGUAAAGUUGCUUUCACGACGACUCAAGGAGACACGUGCUGCACCUGUCAAAGCGGAGUACAAGGCUUUUGCAGAGAUGAUGCUAAAGACAUUGGAUGAUGCGGAUGGAGGUGCUCGUGAAGCAAGCGCUGAAGGUCUUGGUACCUUGAUGAAAGUAGUGGGUGAAAAGGCACUUGCUCCAUGGACAGAAGGAUUGGAUGAUAUCAAGAUGGGCAAGAUCAAAGAGGCAUGUGAGAAGGCUGAAGUCAAAGCAAAGCCUAUUGUCGCAAAGAAACCACCACCAGCACCAGCAGCAAAGAAAGCACCAGCAAAGCCUGCCAUGAAGCCAAAGCCUGCAGCAGCAAAAAAGGCACCACCACCACCCAAAGCUGAACCUGAACCUAUGGCCAUUGAUGAUGAUUCAGCACCACCACCCACCAUGAGCCCACCAAAACGUAAGCCUCCAGCUCGUCUUGCAGGUUCAAGCGCAAAAAAGCCCACCUUGUCAUCCUCCAAACCCAAGGCAGCUACUGCAUCAUCAUCAUCAGCAGCAGCAGGUCCCAAAAAGGCUGCAAAGCUUCCACCUUCCAGUGGUCCUGAAGAAGUGCGCUACAAGUUCACUCAAGAAGAUGCUGAAGCACGUGCAACAGAAUUUAUCCCUGAACAAAUAUGGAAUGAUGUUGCUCAGAGUCAAUGGAAAGUUCGGUUAGCAGCCAUGGAGUCGCUUCAAACACACUUUUCCAGCAUGGAUCCAAUAGACACGGAGCCUGAGAUCGUCUUUCGUGCACUUUCUAAAAAGCCUGGAUGGAAGGAAAUGAAUUUUCAGGUGAUGGGCAAGCUUUUUGGCGUGUUACAACUCUUGGCAACCGAUUGUCCAAAGUUUAACAAGGCAUGUGUGGCCAUUGCAGUACAAGUUCUUGUGGAAAAGUUGGGUGACAUCAAACUCAAGAAACCUGCUGGUGAAUGUUUGAUUGUGUUUGCUGAAAAGACUUCGCUCCAAUUUGUGUUUUCCCAAUCCUAUCCCAUUUGGAAGAAAGCCAAAUCACCCAAGGUAUUGGCUGAUUCGCUUACGUGGAUUCAUUCGGCCAUUAUGGAUUUUGGUAUUGCUGGUUUACAAGUCCGUGAUCUCAUCGAGUUCAUCAAGUUUGCUCUAUCCAAUACCAAUGCAUCGGUGCGAACAAGUGCUGUCACUGUUUUGGGAGCUUUACGCAUGUUCAUUGGGCCUGAGGUCAAAUCCUUUGUUCAAGAUGUCACACCUGCUUUGCUAGCCAAUAUUGAAGCCGAAUUUGACAAGGUUGCACAAAUGGAUCCUCCACAGCCCACCAGGACAAGUGCUGAUACACAAGCAUCUGGCGGCGGUGGUUCUAGUCGUGGUGGUGGCGGUGGCGGUGGCGCCGCUGAUGCUGUUGAAUCCCUUUUUCCACGCGUUGAUAUCUCCUCUCAAUUAUCCAAAGCAUCAAGUGCAUGUAGCGAUGCCAAUUGGAAGGUGCGAAAAGAAGGUCUUGAAAAGGUUUUGAGUAUCAUUGCUGAAGCCAACAAGCGGAUAAAACCUAAUCUUGGCGAGUUCCCUGGUGUGUUGAAACAACGUCUUGCCGAUAGCAACAAGAACCUUCAAAUCAUGGCAUUGGAUAUUGCAGGUCAACUUGCUGGAGCAGCUGGCAAACCAUUUGAAAAGUACCUCAAGCCAUUGACGGGUCCUGUUACUACCUCACUUUCUGAUAACAAGGCCAAUGUACGAGCUGCUGGUAUUGCUACUUUGGAAGAGUUCCGGAAGGCAUGUGGUAUCGAUGGCAUGAUUGGUGCUUUUGCAACAAGUCUUUCGGGCGAUUCACCUUCAUUACGCAAGGAGCUUCUUGCUUGGCUCAGCACGACUCUCAAAGAAGAACAAUCCACACCCGAUCUUUCACCCAUGAUUUCACCCAUCCUUUCAUGCUUGCAAGACCGUAAUGCUGAUGUUCGAAAGUCCGCACAGGCUUGUCUUCCUAUGAUCAUUGCUAGUGCUGGAUACGAAGCUGUUGUCCAUAAAUCAGCUGAUCUCAAGAGUGCACAACGACAAGCUAUCAUGCCCAUGAUCGAAGCACAUCGAGGUGCUGCUGCUGCUGCUGCUCCUGCUGCUGCUGCUCCUACACUUGCUGCACAACCUAAACGUGCUACAGCAUCAGCAGCUUCUGAAGAACGUUCCAUUGGAAAAUCACGUCUUGCACCAAGAAAGAAACCAGGUUUACAGGCACCUCGCGCUUCAGGGAUCGCCAGCCCUGGAUCAGCAUCUGCUGCUGCUGCCGCUGCUGCUAGUACUGAACAAGCCCAGCCACCCGUCCUUAGUGAAGAUACACGUGCCAAGCAAAUUCGUGCCAAAAAAGAGAUACGAUGGCAAUUUGAUACACCACGACCUGAUCUUGUUGAUGGAUUACGAUCAUUAAGUGAACCCCAUUUCAGCGCCGAAGUUCGAAGUCUCUUAUUCAGCACCAGCCAAUAUGCUGAACGUGAUCGACUCAGUGGUUUGGCAUUGCUUGAUGAAUGCUUGGUGUCACCUGAAAUCUGCUCCAACAAGUACGAUAUCGACUUUUCCGAUAUGAAGCUGCGUUACAUUGCCAAUGCCGAUAUCAUUCUAAAGUACCUUACGAUCCGAUUCUUUGAUACCAACACCAGCAUGUUGAUCAAAUGUCUUGACGUGACCGAACAUUUGGUGGCUAUUAUGGAUGAAGAAGGAUACCAUCUUACCGAGUAUGAAGCCAUUUCCUUUUUACCAUUCUUAAUCAACAAGAUUGGUGAUCCAAAGGAAGUGAUGCGUGCAAGGAUUCGAAAUAUUCUCAAGGGCAUGUGCCGUGUUUAUCCUGCCACGAAGUUAUUCAACCAUAUUCUUGAUUCAGCAGCUAGCUCCAAGAAUGCAAAAGCUCGUGCAGAAUGCUUGGAAGAAAUUGGUGCUCUUAUCCAAAGGAAUGGUAUUUCGGUUAUGAUACCCAACAAGUCAUUACCACUUGUCGCCACACAUAUUGGAGAUCGUGAUGCCGGUGUCAGAAAUGCUGCUUUGAAUGCUAUUGCUCAAGCCUAUAUUCUUGUGGGUGAUACCGUAUACAAGUAUGUUGGACGUCUUGGAGAGAAAGAAAAGGGCAUGUUGGAAGAACGUUUAAAGCGUACAAAACCAUCUGCCAGCGUCAUUGCUGAACGUGAAGCAAAGGCUAAACAAGAAGCUGAGGAAAUGGAAGUGGACGAGUUCCCGACUGUCAGCCAAUUACCACGUUUACCACGUCCUUCGAAACAACGUAUACCAGCACCUCAACACACACCGCCACCGCCACCGCCACAGCAACGUAAUGUUGAACCUGAACCUAUGGAAGAUGUUACGGACGACUAUGGAAAUCGUGUCGACACUGCUGGUGGAAUGGCAGGCCUAAGUGAACCACGGACAUUGCCAGGACCAUCCUCCAUGCGACAGCCACGAACUGCCACCCAUCCCAGUUUACAACAAGCCAUUCAACAGGAGCGUGGAGAUUAUAUUGUGGAUUAUCUUAUUGCACAAAUCACCAAUGGCGACCCACAGCCUUCCAUUGAAGCAUUGAAGCAGCUGGAUAAGAUUCUCAACUCGAAGCCUGAGCUUAUUUUACCUGAUAUCGAGCCAUUGAUUAAUGCAAUCACUUUACAAGUCCGACUUGCUUAUUCAACUGUUGAUCCUCGGGUACCAGCAACAACACGUCUCUGCAAACAUCUUGUCAGCGCCUUGGUGCUUUUGUUUUCGAACCGAGACUUGGCAUGUGCCGUAUCUCAAGAUGCAUUACAUCAUUUACUGGAAGAGCUCGCUCAUCGACUUUUGGAUCAAAAAAUGUUGGCACUUGAAUCGGGACCGCAAUUAUCCAAAGCGCUUAAUGUGGCCAUGGUGAAGGUAUUAGAGAAUAGUCAACGCAAUGUGACAUUUAGUGCUCUUCUCUCCUUAUUGGGUACCAGCGCAGCUGUUCUUAGACCAGGCGAUGAUACGAAUGCCAAGGAGACAAGAUAUACGGAGUUGACCAUGAAAUGUUUGUGGAAAUUGGCCAAAACGGUUCAAGAGAAUCUACGCACAGGAGUCCUCAAUCCAGAUGAGCUUCUUUUCGAUAUCAACAAAUUCUUCAUCACGACACCACCCACCGAAUGGAAACGACGUGCAGCUGAAAGCGUACCUUUGGGAGAGAUGCCUUUAAGAACCGUAAAGACCCUUUUGCUGGAAUUGGUGAAUGGCUUGGGUGACUCGAUUUUCCAACAUUUGACCUUGAUUGAUAAUCCACAAGCAAGCAGCGUUUAUCCUUACUUGCAUCACAUGUUGGAAGCAUGUCGCAAACGUGAACGUAUGCAGCAAGUACGACAAAGUCCUUAUGCAACCAUGCCACAGACUGGAUCUGAAAACCCACGCUUUUCGGCCCAUUCACGCACCUCAUCUCUUAGUCGACCCUCCUCGAUCUCGUCACUGAAAUCCAAUGGCAUGGCACGUACUACUUCAAUAGGAUCCUAUCUUUCAGGGGAGCAACCCAUGGAUACAGGAGCUGCUUCUGGCGGGCAUCCUGCAGAUAUGACUAUACCAGUGGCAGCGCCCAUGCAUCAGCAAACCAAUCGUUUAUCAACACCAUCACCUGUAUCCCAUAACGUUCAGCCUAUGCAAGUGGAUGAUGAGCCCAUGCAGACCGAUCGAACUCUUUCUGACUAUGAAAUGAAUCAGCUAUUGACACAAAUCUUCCACAAGAUUGGCACUCGAGAUCAAACAAAGCAAGGCAUUAUCGAAUUAUACGAGUUCCAAAAGAAGUAUCCACUUGCUGAAGCCAAGGUCAACACGUAUCUUAGCCAAUCCGGCCAAUAUUUCCAAAGUUACAUUCGCCGUGGAUUGAGCAAUCUUGCUGCUGAAGAUACCGAUUUACGAUCACAACAAGCACAAUCUUCACCCGUUGCUAUGCACACUACUACAACUACCGCCAAUGCCAUGACUACGACUACCACUAGCAUGGCUUCAGUCCCUGUUUCCAAUCUCCCUGCAGCAACAGCAUCCAUGACUACGGCUCCUAUCGGGUCUACUACCGCUGCUGCAUCUUCAUCUUCAUCACCAUCAUCACCACCACCACAACCGCCAGCAGCUACCACAAUCAAUACUACUACUACCACUACUACUACCGAUUAUUCAAGCCAUCAUUCAUCACCUCGCAAUUCUUCACCACCCAUUUCUUCCCCUGUAUUACAGGAACAACAACAACGCCAAUCUACCGAUCUUAGUCGCACUUCAUCCAUGUCAGGGUAUCGUAGCAGUAUGCAUGCAGAUGAUUCUACCGAGAUCAAGCUUCGUUUGCAAAGGUUGAAACAAAAGUUUGGUGGCAAAACAUCGCAACAGCAGCAACAUUUUUAA